CUGCCAUGGCCCUGGUGAAGUUCCAGGAGCUGGGCGAAGACGAGUCCGGCGUGGAGGACUGUCUGGACAGCAUCAAGGCCCUGGCAGCAAAGCUGAAGUUGCAGACCCGGCGCCCUUCCUACCUGGAGUGGAGGGCCCAUGUGCAAAGCCCCUCCUGGAGAAACAGGCUCCUGGGCGGGCCCCUCCAGGCCCUGCAGGAGACACGGGCUGAGGAAGUGGGCGCGGGAGACAGCCAGCCCCGGGCGCCCUCCAGGACCAUUUGCGGCUUCCCCACUAUCAGCCACGCCUUCGAAUGGCUCAGGACGGAGCUGCGGGAGAUGCAGGCCAUGGAUCACAGGCUGGCCCGGCAGCUGAUGGCUCUGCGGGCUCAGAUCCACCGGCUGAAGGUGGAGCAGGCCUGCCACCAGCACAAGGAGAUGCUGGACGAUGCCACCUUCAAGCUGGAAGGCUGUGAGGAGGACUCCGAUCUGCUGUGCAACAUCCCGCCCAAGAUGGCCUUCCUGUUGUCCACGCCGCUCAAGCACAUUGGCGUCACGCGCAUGAACAUCAACUCUCGCCGCUUCUCUCUCUGCUGACAGCCUUGCCUCCCACUGUGUGUGCCUCGGCCCCUGCGGGGGUUCGCGGAGAUCUGCCUGGAUCGGUAGUCCCAGUCCAAUUCUUGCUGCGGCCUGGUGCAUGCUUUGGACCCCAUGGUGGGGAGGCAGCCUCCCGCGAAGCCGGGGAUGGCCCUGCCAGGACGUGAUUCCCGACCACGGUCUAGGGCAGCCCGUUGUCAGAGGAAGCACCAGCUCUGCACCCCUCAGAAUGGGUGACCUGCCAGCUUACUAGACGGGAUGGCCAAAGAGCCCAAAUGGCCAUGAUGUGUGGGGUGGGCACCAUUUUAAAGCUGCAAAGAGUCCAUUAAAACUGACAAGCAUCUCUUUAGCUGACCUGGAGCUGGGAAAGAACAAGAAUUUAGGGAAGCUGGGUCACUUUGAGUUUGCUGGCUCAUCUGUGCUUUAAAAUCCCAAACACUUGGUUGGCUUUAGAAUCCAUUCUCGUGUACAAGGGGGGACCCAAAAACCCCAAGAAUUUAUUUAUUAAAAAAUGUGUAUUUAUUUUUACAGUCACCUUCAUAGUACAGUGGCACCUUGGCUCAUGAACUUAAUCUAUUCCAGGACUCUGGUCGU